GUGUACUCUACGUAGUGCACUAUGUUUGUGAGAGUGGGCGGUUUGGACGCAGCCAGGCUGCUGUCAGGAAGGAAGUUAUUGCGCGCUGUAAGUUAGUCAGUGUUCAGCCAGAGGAUUUACCUGCAGGGGAACUACAUUACAUCCACGUGCUGCUGCUCUGCUUCACCUUACCUGCUGUAGUGAAAAGCCAGUGGAUAUGAAAAUGAGACAGAUCCACAGCUCUUCACUUCGUUAGUGGCGGAACUGUCAAGGGGGAAGAGGAUUAGUGGCUCAUCAACCCACACACACACACACACACACACACACACACACAGACACAUAGUAUCACAAAUCCGUAUCACCAGACAAGUUGUGUCUUAAUGGCAGCUGAAUCACUAGUGAUCCUGUGACGCCUCUAAAGCCAGCACUUAAAGAAGGAGAGAAGAUGGAGAACAGUGGCUUUUAUAAUGACAACUACAGCAGUGGAAGCAGUGAUGAUGACCUGGUCGACCUCAAUGCCACUGCUCAGGAUCUCCUCGAAGAUCUGCCUUACGACGAGCAGGACAAUGGCCAAGGCUACAGUCCAGGAGGCCGAGGACAGAAUGGCACUGCUAAGCUGCUGGAUCUGUUAGACGAUGGGUUGCACAGGGUGGGAACGUACGAUGAUUUCAACACCAUCGACUGGGUGAGGGAGAAAUCCAAGGAUCGAGACCGUCACAGAGAGAUCAGCAAGAAGAAGAAGGAUUCUGUCCUGGAUCUUUUCUUGAGUGUGAGCGAUGCUUUCUCUGGCUGGCUGCUCAUGCUCCUCAUCGGCCUCAUGUCUGGAGCAUUAGCUGGAGGUAUAGACAUCGCAGCUCACUGGCUAACAGACCUGAAAGAGGGUCUGUGUCUGAAUGGCUUCUGGUUCAACCACGAGCACUGCUGCUGGGACUCUAAAGAGACCACCUUCCAGGAGAGAGACAAAUGUCCGCUCUGGAAGAGCUGGGCCGAGCUCACGGUGGGCGUCAGUGAGGGGGCGAGUGCCUAUGUGGUGAACUAUCUGAUGUAUGUGACCUGGGCUCUGCUCUUCUCCUACCUGGCUGUGGUCCUCGUCAGAGCCUUCGCCCCGUAUGCCUGCGGCUCAGGAAUCCCUGAGAUAAAGACCAUCCUAAGUGGGUUUAUAAUCCGGGGCUACUUAGGAAAGUGGACUCUAGUGAUAAAAACCAUCACUCUGGUGCUAGCCGUGUCUUCAGGCCUCAGUCUGGGGAAAGAGGGCCCGCUGGUGCAUGUGGCCUGCUGCUGCGGAAACAUCUUGUGCCAUCUUUUCACCAAAUACCGCAAGAACGAGGCCAAGAGGAGGGAGGUCUUGUCAGCAGCCUCCGCAGUGGGCGUGUCUGUAGCGUUUGGAGCUCCUAUAGGAGGAGUGCUCUUCAGUCUGGAAGAGGUCAGCUACUACUUCCCCUUAAAGACACUGUGGCGUUCAUUCUUCGCUGCUCUGGUGGCCGCCUUCACCCUACGCUCCAUCAAUCCCUUUGGCAACAGCCGACUUGUCCUCUUCUACGUGGAGUUCCACACCCCAUGGCACCUGCUGGAGCUCUUCCCUUUUGUUUUGCUUGGUAUUUUCGGUGGCCUGUGGGGGGCGUUUUUCAUCCGUGCCAACAUGGCCUGGUGUAGACGGCGGAAGAACACGCGUCUGGGCCGCUACCCCGUGUUGGAGGUGGUGCUGGUGGCUCUGGCUACAGCGGUGUUGGCCUUUCCAAAUGACUACACACGCAUGAGCGGCAGCCAUCUCAUCUCCGAGCUGUUCAAUGACUGCAGCCUGCUUGACUCCUCCCAGCUGUGUGACUACACCUCUCAAGUGAAGGGUGGAGCAAUGAAUGCUAACUUAAGUAGCGGCCUGUCUGACCGAGCAGCAGGGCCUGGAGUGUACACGGCCGUCUGGCAGCUGGCACUAGCACUUGUCUUUAAGACGCUGAUCACUGUGGUUACGUUUGGCAUGAAGGUGCCCUCUGGUCUCUUUAUUCCCAGCAUGGCAGUGGGGGCGAUAGCAGGCAGGCUGCUGGGCAUUGGCAUUGAGCAGCUGGCAUUCUACAACCACGACUGGUCCAUCUUCAGAGGCUGUUCAUCCAGCACCAAAUGCAUUACGCCAGGCCUCUACGCCAUGCUGGGGGCUGCAGCAUGUCUGGGUGGUGUAACUCGGAUGACGGUGUCUCUGGUGGUCAUCAUGUUCGAGCUGACUGGAGGGCUGGAGUACAUCGUGCCCCUCAUGGCAGCCACUAUGACCAGUAAGUGGGUGGCGGAUGCGCUAGGCAGAGAGGGCAUCUAUGAGGCGCACAUCCGGCUGAACGGCUACCCUUUCCUCGAGCCCAAGGAGGAGUUUGCGCACAAGACCCUGGCCAUGGAUGUAAUGCGUCCACGGCGCUCUGAUCCUCCACUUUCUGUCCUAACUCAGAGUGGCAUGAGCGUGGAGCAGGUUGAGGCCGUGAUAGCUGAUACGUCAUACAGCGGUUUCCCCAUAGUCAUGUCCCAGGAGAGUCAGAGGCUGGUGGGCUUUGUGCUGCGGAGGGACCUGGUUAUAUCAAUAGAAAACGCACGGCUCUGCCAGGAGGGUAUCGUGGGAGCAUCGCAGGUCCUCUUCACAGAGCACACUCCGGCUCAGCCUCAUGGUGGCCCUCCUCCACUCAAUCUACGCAGCAUCAUGGACCUCAGUCCACUAGCCAUCACUGACCACACACCCAUGGACAUCACAGUGGACAUCUUCCGCAAGCUCGGUCUACGCCAGUGCCUCGUCACACAGAAUGGGCGUUUGUUGGGGAUUAUCACUAAGAAGGACAUUUUGAAGCACAUGGCCCAGAUGACAAACAGAGACCCUGAGUCCAUCCUUUUCAACUGAGAAUCCUUUCCACACCACUCAGCAGGAGAGACAUUAAAUCCCAUUCCAUCACAUGGACACACUUCCCAGACUGGAUCUUCCCAAUUACCUGGUGGAAAGUGUGUGUGUGUGUGUGUGUGUGUGUGUGUGUGAAAGAGGGAUUUUUUGUGUGAAUGACCUGAGGCUUUGUGUAGUUGGAGAAGCAGAUUUGGACAACUUGCCUGAACGGGAAGUCUUGUCUGCUAGAGGAUCUGACUCUACAGCUUCCCCUGAAGCUGUCACACACUCCACUGCUGACAACUGCACACACACACGCACACAUGCACACACACACACACACACACACACACGCACCACUGAUCCACAUCUUCCUCAGAACACUGUCACAAAAACAUUCCUGUGGACACUGACUUGGGCUUUUUUUAAGCCUGCAUGCCUCAGUCCUGGAUUCUUUUUGAGGGAAGUCAUGGCAGGUGAAGGGCAUUUUGGGAAUGUCAUGCAUUUGGUUGCACUCUCUCUCCCUCUCCCUCUCUCACUCUAGCUGACAUGCCUGAACUUGCCCAGGUCAGACAAUCACUGUGGGAAGUGGAUGAGAGAUGAGACAAGAGUGUAUCAUGUUAAAAAGUCACACACUCUGUCUUCCUCACACUCAGCCAGCCUGUCAGAUGCUCACGCAGAUAAAAGCCAGCCAAAGACAGUGUUAUGUUAGAGCUUUGUGGAAUUGAAGUGUUAAUUUAAAGUGUCAGCGUCUGAAUGUUAACAUAUGAACGUGACUUGAAAUUGAGCAGCUGUAGCUGUUAUGAAUGUUGAAGGGAAUUAUUUAAGCCACUGUGGUCAACUUAUAUGUUUACAUAAUUCAUAAAGAGCUCUUGAUGAGAUACUCUAGGAUCUCUUAGCACCAUUUGGAUUUUUCUGCCAUUUAGCUCAGAUUAUUUUACAAAGUUGGUCAGUUUGUCUAAAAUGUAUUAACUUUUUUUUUCCUGAGUCAGUAUGUCCUGCAAUAUCCUUUAGAUCAGGUAUGCAUAUGUUGGGAGUUCUACCACUUUGUAGCAAAGUAUACUGGAGAACAUUCCUCGCACUGCAGGUUAGUGUCCAAACGAGCAGCCACAGAAUACCCAUAAUGCAUUUCUCAGGUUGUAGGGACACCAGUUUAGACAUGGGGGUUCACCAUGUGUUGUCUUCCCCUGCCCAGGCCAGUAGAGGUCACUAUCUCUCUCACUAUCUCAUACAGCUGCACUGUGAUUAUUCUGAUCCGUUUUGGCCAGCUCUCCUUCUUUUCUCAUGACUGCUCACGUGCCCUUGCAUUAGGGAGUUAAUAUCACCGUCUCACUCUAGAGAACUGAAGUUGAAGGGAGUUGAAGUUCUUCCCUUCUGCGCCGCUUUUCUUCCUGUGCUGCGAUCUGAGCGUGAUCGUCUCAUUUUGGGUGUAUCCUCCGUCCUCUGUUUAUCUCGCUUGUAUUCAUUAUGACCCUGGACAACCUCGGUUGAGCAUCAUGUCUUUCCGUUCCCUCCUGUUGUUUUAGCAGUUGUGACAAUCCAAUAAUGACAUUAGAGGAGGCUCCUCCUAAAGGAAGCACAGGCGGAGUGCGGGAGAGCUCCCUGUCAUUUAUUUACUCUACUCCCCAUCCUCGGCACGCUCACGCCACUUCUAUUGUACUCGCAUGUUUAUCUACCUUAACACAAUGUUAAAAGCAUGUUAGUCCUUUCAAAUGCAUUCUGAGGCCACUUCUACUCUCUCUCUCACACUCUCUUUCUUUCCCUAAUAUUCCCGCGAGCAGGAGCGAGGGCACGGAGGUCGGAGGAGCUAUUGUUCCUGCUCAUGCUCGUCUGGGCUAGUGGUCGCCAGGAUGUUCCCCGACGGCGUUUCCCUGCCGCCCGGCCCUCUUCCACUCUUAGAGAGCCAAUUUCCGUCCAACAACAGCCAAUUCUGCAUUAUUGUAAUAUAAUAGAGGCGAGGAACGAAACGAUCUCUGCCUCCGCUGAUUGAAAGUAAAUGUUUGUGUGUGUGCAUGCAAGGUGCGCAGGAACGAGGGAUUAAUCCUUUCUUAUCUGACCCCCUGAGAAAACAAGGCGAGCGUUGCUGGGAGAGGCUGGAGAGGAGGUUAAUUAAACAGUGUGGCUGGGUCACUUUCACAAAGGUCCCUUUUUGUGGCAUCAGGGUUAUGAGCAAGAGAGAGAGAGAGACAAAGAGAAAGAGAGAGAGAUUUGGCUAGAAGGAGGCUUGCUCAUUGCUGCUGGGUUACCGAGUGUCCCAGCUCUCUGCUGUAAUCCAACCCUUGAUUGGCUUUAAGGGCUCAGUCCAGGGCUGAAUGAAAUGUCAUCUAGAGCAGGACAUGCCACAGACCAAGCCCCCUUCCCCCUUCUCUCCUCCGUGUUCCUUAUCUGCAGAAAGCCACACACCACCCUGUGGAAGAAUGCUCGAGUUAGUGCUUUAUCCAGCUGUGAUUAUUAACCACCUGCCAAAAAACGGCUUUUGUAUAACAAAUGUGCCAUUCAAACCCAGGAAGACAAACAAGAAAGAAAAAAAAAGCAUGCAGCUGAAAGGCAUUUGUUCGAAAAGGCGCCUGUUUUUGCUAAGAGAGUAGAAAUGACAGGUGGAGGCAUGGCAAAUGAAUUGUUGUUACAAACACAAGACCAAAUUCUUCUGUGUUGCCUCUGAGAUGCAAAAGAUGCAGACUCUGGUGUGAACAGCAUGACUCCACCCUGCAGAUGGAUAACACCUCUCAGAGUUACUGGACCAUCAGUAGGUUUGUUUUAUCCAUGCACACGCUGAACACAACCUGCUUCCCAUCAGAGCACUAACACUGUUUCAGUUUAAAGGAGAUUGAGAACAUCGAGACCUCACCAUGAUCACAGUAGUAUUAUUCUUGAAGGUCAAUAUAAUGCAGUCAUUAGGACCUUUAAACAAAAUGGAUCUGUAACUUUAUUUAUUUUGUAAAAUGCUGACUCUGCACUGUGGAACUUGUAAUCAAAGGUGUAAUUUGUUUUUUGCGGAAAUUUGUUUGAAUAAAUGUGAAGCAUUUCAAUUCUGGGCUGUGUGUUCUU